GGGCGAUACUAUAGACCGCUCACCUUAGCGGGUCCACGCUCGAAUGUUAGCAACACUUAGUUGGCGCCAGCUGGCUCAGUACGUCCCCAGACCUCGUCGACGGAGGGUGUUUCACUCCGUGUUAUCCAGUGACCCGGUGAUUGUCCGAGCAAGCAGAGGCUGACUGAUCAGAAGAUGGUGACAGCGAAGGUGUGGGUGCUGGACAGGAGGCCGCAGGGAGAGCCUGUACUGCAGGACUUCAAACUGCAGGAGGAGGAACUACCCCCUUGUCCUCCUGGUGGUGUGGUAGUGGAGGCGGUGUACCUGAGUGUGGACCCCUACAUGAGGUACAGGGCCCGCCAGAUACCUCUCAACACCACCAUGGUCGGAGGUCAGGUGGCCAGGGUGACAGACAGCAGGAACCACCAGUGGCCCGUGGACAGCUACAUGGUGUCCAUGGCCGGCUGGCGGACACACACAGUCUUCACCGCUGAGCAGCUCGAGGACAAACUGUCUUUCAUCUCUCCCUUGCCUGACCUCCAACUCCUCCCCAAGAGCCUUGGCCUCGGCGUCGUGGGCAUGCCUGGCAACACCGCCUACUUCGGGCUGCUGGAGCUGUGUAAGCCGCAGGCUGGGGAGACGGUACUAGUCAACGGUGCGGCCGGGGCUGUGGGCAGCGCUGUGGUGCAGAUCGCCAAGCUCAAAGGUGGCGGGAGACUUCACGCACGAGGCCCUGCCCCACCUGGCCACCUUCGGGAGGGUGGCGCUCUGUGGUGCCAUAGCCUCCUACAACGACAUCUCCAGGGACAAGGCCAUCCGCCACGCUAACAGUCCUUACGAUGCGUCGUUGAUCAUCACCAAGCAAUUACGAAUUGAAGGGUUCAUGGUGACUCGCUGGAUGUCCCGCUGGAUGGAAGGUCUCAACCAGAUGAAACAAUGGGUCCUUGAGGGGAAGCUGCAGUACAAGGAGACCAUUACUAAAGGGUUCGAACACAUGCCUGAAGCCUUCAUUGGUCUCUUCCACGGAGACAACAUUGGCAAGGCCAUUGUUGCCGUCUAAGAGCACCUAGGACGAUGACAAGAACACACAGGACACUGCAGAGGUCCAUCUUGGCCAUUUUUAACAGGGGGAUCAUGGCGGGACAGAAUUAUUUAUUCCAGUUUCAGAACAAAAAUGUAUCUACAUGAGUGUCCCAGUUUAACGUUUUCUGUGACUAAUUUGACAUGUUUUCUAUGAUCUAUUAUAAGAAAAAAGUUUGCGAUUAAUUUAAUACAGGAAUUUGUUCCAUGUGUCUUCUGUGGGCCUUGUUUUAGCGUACUUAGUAAGGAGUAUCAAUAAUAUUGGGUAUUAAUUAACACUUUUCAUUGUUUACAUCACAUAAAAAUGGACAAAGCAUUUAGGUGAGCCACAGCCCGGCCUUGUAAAGUGGUGACAAUAAAUGGUUUAUACUCUAUGAGGCGAACCCCGCUACUCUCUAGAUAUACACUCAGAGUUAACUUUAGUCCUGGUCUAUGUUCAGCCAUAAAGUAUACUUGGUCAGUAUCCUUGCUGGCUGCUCAGUAAACAGAGGUUGCUGAGGUUGAUGUUGUUAAGUCAACAAACUUACUAACCUUACAAGUUUAGAAUGAUUCGAACACCUACAGAAAGUUUUAUAUUUUAACACCCUUCUAUACUGUAAAUAUUAAUAGAUUUAAAUAUUGCACCACAACAUGGCGACCUGUGUGAACAAGGGAACUGUUGCUGCUGAAAUCCUAACAAAGUACGGGAAAUUUUGGCUAAGUUUUUUCUCUUGGGUAAUUGUUUUUUAUGGGCCAAAUAACCAAAGUAUUCAGAGAAAAUAUUCGACAGCAGAAUAUAAUUCGUGUUUGUGAGUAUUGGAUUAACUUGUAUGUGUAAGAUGAUGUGAAGGCUAUGGGACAACCAGGCAGAGAUGAUGGGCUCUGUACAAUAUAUAGAACAAAGUUUGUACCAAUGUCAACAAGACAUUUAAUUAAAGAAUAAUAUCGAAA